AGGCCCACUUGAAACUCAAAUGCUUGCUUUUUCUUCAUCUCUAUCGCCACUCGUCGUGCAGCGUCAGUCCAAAUAAGCGUAGUUUUUCAUCUGCUCUUCUUCACCUACAAAAGUUGCUGUGACAGUUGACUCAAUCUGAUCUGUAGGUGAUACAAUCGGCAGCAGCGAGCUCAUUCCGAAGGACACCUUUUUUUUCAUGGCAGUGAUCGUAUUUUGGAUGUUCGGGAAAACUUUGAAAAAAGUGCUCAUUAAUUAGUCAGAAACUUUUGUGGACACUUGGAUUUAAGUCGAGAAUUUGAUUCGAUUCAAGUGGCGGGUGAGGAUUAUCGAAUGAUCAAUUUGUCACUCGAGAGAGCCGACUGACUGGCGUCGCAAUGAGGCCGUUUCGAAGUGUUUGGGCCAUUGUUUGAAAAGUCCCGAAGAAGUCUUGCGGGCGAGAGCACCUGCGGGAAACUCGUCAGUCAUAGCUCGUCAAGCCUCGGGCCCUCGCACACAGCAAUGUCCUACGAGUUGGCGAGCGUCAUCACAGCUCACAGCAGUCCCGCCGUCGGUGGGAGCAGCAGAACGCCAUCGCCCUUGGGAAGAAGGUCUCCGCCACCGGUAGGAGGAAUGGGAGAGUCCCUCAGGAGUAGCGGGACCCCCGAGAGGUCGACCACGAGCACCACGCCCCCGGCCAGAAGUUCCGACAGCGGGGCCAGCUCCCCGAAAACGUCUUCCCCUCCUUCGCACAAAUCCUUCAGCAUCGCCAGCCUCUUGAGUCGGGACGACCCCAAGAAGGAUUCUAAUUACGACCCGCCUUUCCCCUUCAGUCAGCAUCACGACACCCUGGCAGCGAGAUUAGGCUUGAUGAGCCAUAUGUCAGCGCUGGCCGCCCGACACAACUUACUCUCCCUGUAUCCUGCUGACCUAAGUGGCGUGCCUCCCUCCACGCCUUUGACGCCCCUCAGUGGAAUGGGCGUCCCCUUAGGGGCUAAGAACCCAUGGUACCCAUGGGCUUUACCACCCCUCGCCGCCCUAGCCAGCGCAAGAGAAAAAGAUACAGGUUCUCCAACACCAGGUCCCGGCAGUCCCCACAGUGAAGCCCCCGUUGAAGUUGUACGAUCACGGUCUCCAUCGCCCCUCCCACGGUCUCCUUCACCUCCACCAACACCCCCAUCUCCCCAGAGGGACGAUCACCGCACAGGAGAAGCAGCAGACAACGGUUCCGGCGGGGGAGCUCCGACUACCACCAGCGGAACAGGCGACGAAAAUGAUGAAGACCGCAAGAGGAGGAAGAAAAAGACCAGGACCGUCUUUUCCAGGUCCCAGGUCUUCCAACUGGAAAGCACCUUCGACAUGAAGAGAUACCUCUCUUCCUCUGAACGGGCCGGUUUAGCUGCUUCUCUGCACUUGACGGAGACGCAGGUGAAGAUCUGGUUCCAAAACAGAAGGAAUAAGUGGAAGCGGCAGUUGGCCGCAGAACUUGAAGCCGCGAACAUGGCCCACGCAGCCCAGAGACUCGUCAGAGUGCCCAUCCUCUACCACGAUGGUUCCACUUCCGGUAGUGUCGAGUCAGCCCACACCCCACCUGCGCCCCCGCCGCCCACGUCUCUCUCACAUCAAGCUGCCCUCCCUCCUUACUCCCUUUAUUACCCACCUGUGUCUUCUGGGUAUAACUCCACUGUACAGACACCCACGCCCGUUAGACCGACCCUAUCAUCUUUGGUGUAACUAAUGACGAGCUAAGCUUUCCCCAUUACUACUGAAAGAUUUUCUGUCUAACGUAGCUGACAGCGCCAGAGUCGUAAGAGCUGACACCCGGCCGCUGACAGAACCUUCGGUGGUAGUCCUGGUCGUUUCCUUUAGAAAUCCCAAACAGAAUCCAAUUUCAUUCCAACCUUCAGUUAGUCAUAAGAACCCUCUCUCGUGAAAGAAGGAAUGACUAAAAGCUCUUUCUGGGAGGAUCAAAACAAUGACUCUUCUCCUGAAGUGAUCGUCGUUAUAUGCAAAUUUUGAAUUUGCUCACAAAACUCAGUGCUCGCACCUCCAGAAGAGACUUACUCCCUCAUCCAUAGUGAUAACAUUCGUAAAUACGUGUAAAUAUGAACUAAGUGAAAGUUAAAUCAGCGGUGAUUCAAUUCCACUAUCAGCAAAGUUAAAAAAACAGAAUAUCAGUGACCAUUAGGUACUAUAUCGGUUAGUGUCCAAACUUCACGAAUUCAUCGUGAUACUGCAUGGGUAACAAUAAUAAUAAUAAUAAGGUGUGAAUUUGAAGUUUGCUCUUGAAAUAUGCAGUGCAGUUGUUUGAGGAAAUUAGACCCCUACAUGUGACAGAACAUAGUACCAAAAAGAUGUGAUAUGAAAAUGACAAUGCUUAUAGUUGUACUCAAAAUAUACCAAAAAAGAAUAUGAAUUAGCGAAACGAAUAAGACAUUGAGAGACUGGUCUCUUGUUUCCAAAUCCUCGAAUACCAAUGGUAAAAUAACACAAAAUUGCAUUACAUAACAUACAUACAUAUAUAUAUAUAUAUGUGUGUGUUUGUGUGUGUGUUAUGCAGGGCUGACAAGUAUCUGGACGUAGGGAUAUUAUCCUGUUCAAGACAAAUGUCGGUGUUCUUACAGUAAGAUCCAGGAAAGUAUUAUUUGUUAUACAUGUUGUAAGUUUCCUAGUGAUGACUUGUACAAAUAUAAUUGAUGUAAAGUGUACAUACUGAGAAGCUAUAUUUAUGAACUCCUUAUUGAUUUCUUGAAAGCGGUUUUGUUGGUUUUAAACUGAUUUCAAGUGCUUAUUUUGUUAGUUUUUUAUAUUAUCAAAACUGUCCACGACACAUA